AUGGAUUCGUAUAAAUUAAUCAAUUCAGAUUAUCGAUGCAUUACAUCAUCAUCAUCAUCAUCAUCAUCAUCAUCAUCAUCAUCAUCAUCAUCAUCAUCAUCAUCAUCAUCAUCAUCAUCAUCAUCAUCAUCAUCAUCAUCAUCAUCAUCAUCAUCAUCAUCAUCAUCAUCAUCAUCAUCAUCAUCAUCAUCAUCAUCAUCAUCAUCAUCAUCAUCAUCAUCAUCAUCAUCAUCAUCAUCAUCAUCAUCAUCAUCAUCAUCAUCAUCAUCAUCAUCAUCAUCAUCAUCAUCAUCAUCAUCAUCAUCAUCAUCAUCAUCAUCAUCAUCAUCAUCAUCAUCAUCAUCAUCAUCAUCAUCAUCAUCAUCAUCAUCAUCAUCAUCAUCAUCAUCAUCAUCAUCAUCAUCAUCAUCAUCAUCAUCAUCAUCAUCAUCAUCAUCAUCAUCAUCAUCAUCAUCAUCAUCAUCAUCAUCAUCAUCAUCAUCAUCAUCAUCAUCAUCAUCAUCAUCAUCAUCAUCAUCAUCAUCAUCAUCAUCAUCAUCAUCAUCAUCAUCAUCAUCAUCAUCAUCAUCAUCAUCAUCAUCAUCAUCAUCAUCAUCAUCAUCAUCAUCAUCAUCAUCAUCAUCAUCAUCAUCAUCAUCAUCAUCAUCAUCAUCAUCAUCAUCAUCAUCAUCAUCAUCAUCAUCAUCAUCAUCAUCAUCAUCAUCAUCAUCAUCAUCAUCAUCAUCAUCAUCAUCAUCAUCAUCAUCAUCAUCAUCAUCAUCAUCAUCAUCAUCAUCAUCAUCAUCAUCAUCAUCAUCAUCAUCAUCAUCAUCAUCAUCAUCAUCAUCAUCAUCAUCAUCAUCAUCAUCAUCAUCAUCAUCAUCAUCAUCAUCAUCAUCAUCAUCAUCAUCAUCAUCAUCAUCAUCAUCAUCAUCAUCAUCAUCAUCAUCAUCAUCAUCAUCAUCAUCAUCAUCAUCAUCAUCAUCAUCAUCAUCAUCAUCAUCAUCAUCAUCAUCAUCAUCAUCAUCAUCAUCAUCAUCAUCAUCAUCAUCAUCAUCAUCAUCAUCAUCAUCAUCAUCAUCAUCAUCAUCAUCAUCAUCAUCAUCAUCAUCAUCAUCAUCAUCAUCAUCAUCAUCAUCAUCAUCAUCAUCAUCAUCAUCAUCAUCAUCAUCAUCAUCAUCAUCAUCAUCAUCAUCAUCAUCAUCAUCAUCAUCAUCAUCAUCAUCAUCAUCAUCAUCAUCAUCAUCAUCAUCAUCAUCAUCAUCAUCAUCAUCAUCAUCAUCAUCAUCAUCAUCAUCAUCAUCAUCAUCAUCAUCAUCAUCAUCAUCAUCAUCAUCAUCAUCAUCAUCAUCAUCAUCAUCAUCAUCAUCAUCAUCAUCAUCAUCAUCAUCAUCAUCAUCAUCAUCAUCGUCAUCAUCAUCAUCAUCAUGGACUGAACUAUUAGGACAUUUAUGA